AUGAUUACUUCUGGUGGACUUGGCACAAUGGGAUACGGUCUUCCCGCAGCUAUCGGAGCCAAAGUUGCUAGUCCUGAUAAAAUUGUUGUUGACAUUGAUGGGGAUGCUAGCUUUUGUAUGACAGGAAUGGAAUUGGCUACAGCCGCUCAAUAUAAUAUUGGGGUGAAGGUGUUGGUAUUGGAUAAUUGUUUCCAGGGAAUGGUUAAACAGUGGCAAGAUUUGUUUUAUGAAGAGCGAUACAGUCAAACAGAAAUGGCCAAUCCUGAUUUUGUCAAAUUUGCAGAGGCAAUGGGCGUCAAAGCACUCAGGAUCCAUAAUGAGCAAGAAUUGCCGGAGAAAAUGAAAGAAUUUUUGGAAUAUAAUGAUGGUCCUAUUGUUUGUAAUGUUGUUAUAGAAAAACACGAACAUGUGUAUCCAAUGGUGCCUGCUGGCAAAGCUCUCCAUGAAUUUAUUGUACAUCCUGAUCUCGAUAAUUAA